ACUCGGAAACCGGAACAAGCGGUUUGUGCUAAUCUUCCCGCGUCUUUCACACACUUCAGUCUCGCCGGCGGCGGAAGCUUUGCUUCUCUCCCUCAGUCCAUCCAGAUUCCUUUUCUAGAUCUCGUCUCCUGAAUUCUAACUCCUUUGAUUCGCUAAUAGCUCAAUUUUGUUUUCUACUUCAGCUCGAAGUCGGAAGAAGCUAGGCUUGUUGUUUUGAGCUCUGAAGAAGUGAAUUAUGAGCAGCUCUAGAGAGGGAUCUCCCGAUUGGCUUCGCUCUUUCCAGGCACCCACCACUUCAUUGUUAUCACUAUCCUCGCCGUCUAAAUCUUCUCCAGAUCAUAGUCCUUACCAGGACUCUGAAACCAUUUCGUCUCUUCCUUUGACUGAUGACAGUGACUCUACCGCCAUUCUUGACAAAGUAUCCUCGGAGUCUCUGUCUAGGAAGAGUUCCAAAACGAAGUUGGUGACAAAGCAAGUGAGCAUCGAGCAGGUGUUUUCUAGAAAGAAGAAAGUAGAUGCUAGUCUCAACCUUGAAGAGAAGCCGAAUGGAACGAAAUUUGAUGGUGAAGAAAACUCUAGCAAGCAUAAAGACGCUCAAGGAGGAGAUGAUUCUGUAUGGCUUCUGUCAUCUGAUUCUGAACCACCCUCAAGUGAUCCCUCAAGGCAGAAAAUGAUUAUGUCAACUGAGAAAGAUGAGGACUCUGUUAUUCAAGCUAAAGAGGGAGAACCUGCGGUUAAGAAGGCUCCAAAGAAAAAAUCUCCGAAGAAAAAGCCAAAUAGUGGACACCAGACGCCCAAGAAUGAAAGUGCACAAGAAAUUUUGAUAAAUGAUGAUAAAGAUACAGAUGCUAUAGUAGCCAAGGAAGUAACAACGGAUAAGAAUGUCAAGUCUUCUUCUGGCUCAAGUUCAAGAUUGCCUUUAGUACUUUCUGAGAAGGUGAAUCGUACAAAGGUACUUGUUGAAUGUGAAGGGGACUCGAUAGAUUUGAGUGGAGACAUGGGAGCUGUUGGACGCGUGGUUGUUUCAGACACAACAGGGGACGUGUACUUGGACUUGAAAGGAACCAUAUAUAAAUCAACAAUUGUUCCAUCCAGAACAUUUUGCGUAGUUAACGUAGGUCAGUCAGAGGCAAAGAUUGAAGCUAUUAUGAAUGACUUCAUACAGCUAACACCACAAUCUAAUGUCUUUGAGGCAGAAACAAUGGUGGAAGGCACUCUGGAGGGAUUUUCGUUCGAUUCAGAUGAUGAAGCUAACAAAAACGCCAAGACUGCCUCAAAGUCAGCUGAUCAAAGUGUAGGCGCGGAGGAAGUGACCAACACAAAUGGCAAAGCCAAAGCAAAAGGCGAAAAUGCUUCAGGAAAGAAGAGAGGAAGACCAUCUAAAGAGAAACAGCAACCGGCAAAGAAGGCUAGAAGUUCUGCUCCUAAGAAGCCAAAACUCAAGAAAUGAACUAUGGUUUAUUGAUUUUGAUUUCUUCCUCUAUCUUUUUAAAGAAAAACGCAUCAUUUCUUUAUUCAGUUGAGACAACAUUACAUUAUAUACAUGAAAUAGAGUUCUUUUGCA